UUUGACUUGGACUUUGUACCUCUCUUGGCCAAUUCGGUAUUGCUUCUAUUAAUUUCUCCUUCACUAUAAGUCAAUUUUCUUAAGACUUUCACCACUUUCAUUGAUAAUGCUGCGUAUUUUAUCACGUGCAUCUGCAUCGUUACCAUCCAGAAGUCUUCUAAGGAGUCUCAGCAGCGCCAUGUCCACAUUCGCCAAUUUGCAAGUCAAUUCGCCCAGUCCUUUCGUCUAUCACGUUGAAUUGGACAAUCCCAAGAAGAGCAAUGCCAUCAAUAGCGACAUGUGGAAGGCCAUUGGAGAGUGUUUCGCUCACCUGCACGGAAAUCCUGAUUGUCGGUCAAUUGUGUUGUCCGGGAGUGGAAAGAACUUCUGCGCCGGCAUCGAUCUCAUGAGCAUGAUGUCUCUGGGACAAGAGUUGAGUCAGCAUGAGGACGUGGGACGCAAAGGACGCGUAAUGGAGCAGAAAAUUCGGCAGUAUCAAGAUGCGAUUUCAUCCAUUGAACACUGCGUGAAACCUGUAAUUGCUGCAAUUCACGGAGCGUGUGUUGGCGCUGGAGUGGACAUGAUCACGGCCACUGAUAUGCGGUAUUGCAGCUCUGAUGCGUGGAUGCAAGUGAAAGAGGUGGAGAUUGGGAUGGCAGCCGAUGUUGGAACUCUCCAGAGAUUGCCUAAAGUCGUGGGAUCACAGAGCCUUGCCAGGGAAUUGUGCUUCACGGGACGAAGGAUGGACAGCGAGGAGGCUCUCAAGUGUGGCCUCGUGAAUCGCGUCGUGAAGACCAAGGAGGAAUUAUUGACACUGGCUCUCGAGACUGCCAAACAAAUCGCUUCACUGAGUCCGGUGGCUGUUCAGAACACUAAGAAGAGCAUCAUUUACUCACUGAAUCGUUCCAAUCAGGAGGGAUUGGAUCACAUUCGUGAGAUAAACUGCCUGUCUCUCCAGAGUGAGGACUUCCUGAAGGCUGUAAUGGCUGCAGCCACGAAAGGAGAACCAGCAGAGUUUGCCAAACUCUGAACCAUAGGAUGUGAUUAUUAAUAUUCUUGCAUGAAGAUUUUAUACUGAUAUUAAAAAGGUGGAAGAUUAACUAUCUGUUUACUCAUCAAACUUCAUUUGGCGCCAA